AUGUAUGCAUGGAACUACGCUUCAGAAUCCCAAGUCACUGAAAGAAUGGAGAACCCAACUCGAGUUCUACAAAUGAUGAUUCGAAGGAUAGCAAUGCUUUCGAAGCGGUUCGAUGGAUCACCCGAAUCUGUCAGUAUUAUUCAUUCGGUUGUGGCAAAUUUCGAUUCGAAUGUUUUGCAGCAAUUCCUUCCCAAUCGAUUCAGCCGUGCAGUCAAUACAAUGUUCGAGUCAACGAUAAAAGACUCGUCUGGUGGAAUUCAAUACGCAGAUGUUUACAAAGAUGAAUAUUGUCAUGUUAACACAUUUGGAUUAUCAAGACCCGGCCUGAAAAUCCCUCUCCACGACCACCCGGAUCAGAAUGCAGUUAUGAAAGUAUUUCAAGGAUCAGUCAAAAUUCGAUCAUUUACAAUUCUGGAUGAGAAAUCAGCAGGAAGUGAAGAGAAGGAAGUGAGCACAUCUAGACAAGAAAUUGAUCAAAUAAGAGUACGAUAUGAAGGAGAAACUGUACUCUCAAGCCGAUCUGGUGAAAUACAUUCUGCUGUUUUGGGACCAAAAAAUGGUAAUAUCCACGAAGUGGUAGCAUUGGAACCACACACAUACUUUUGUGAUUUCUUCUUCCCCGUAACUCCAUCCUGUCAUUAUUAUGUUCCAGUUCAACUUGAACCACUAGUCGCUGGCCAAACUUUAGUUCUGCAGCAGAUUCCGUGUCCUCGAUCAUUCAUUUGCGAUAAUAUGGAUUUCCCAUCUUUCCAGAAGUUUAAUAUUAGCGAUUAA